AUGCCUCACUCCGGCCCCGAGUCUGCAGAAAUUAUCCCCAUCAAUUUCGUUUCCGAAGACGAAGACACCUGUAAGUGCGAUCCUUGCAGUUGCAAUCCCUGCCAGUGCAACUCCCGCGCCUUGAUGGGCUGCAUGAUCCACAAGCGCGUCGGGAUACUCGACGGUCCCUCAAACGACCUGCCCAAGGAUCCGCCCAAGGGUGUCGCUAAGAAUAUCUCUGUCGUGGGCGUGGAGAAGACCUUUCCUGUGGAUACGCCCUCCCUCGCGGAGAAUGCCACUUUCCUUGUAAACACUCUUUGGCGGCGCUCUCCCUUUCCUGGAUGA